CAACAUUUCCGAUACUGUAGUAGUUCCGCGCGGUCUCGCCCAUGGCCUCCCUAAUCUCACCGCGCUUCCCGCUGAGCUCGCUUCGCGUCGUCGAGGUAACCAGCGCGCGCGAGUGUCGCGACAUCCAGGUGUCGCAGCACACCACGUGGGCGCCGGCGUUGUCUCUCCAGCAGUUUCUUCAGCGCGAGCAGCAGCUGGGCAGCCAUGCAUGGGCGCAAGCCAACCUGCGCACAUGGGCGCUCGUGUCAGAGGCGGACGACUCAGAGCAGCGAGGCGAGGGAGGCACAUCUGCGCCACAGGCCCCUGCCAGCAGCAGCAGCGCGGGCCAGAGCACGGCGUUCGUGUCAGUGCCACGCGGUAGCAGCGGCAGCAGCAGCAGCGGGGAGGGGGAGAUGGUGCAGCGUAGAGUGCUGGCAUCCCUCGAGACAUACCGACAGGACGCCAUUCUUCUCCCCCCCGUCGCUUCCUCCUCACCGCCACACGCCCCUCUGCACCCAUCCGCAUCAUCACCGACCACACAAUCAGCAUCGCCAUCACCAGCGCCAUCACGCAGUCUCAAGGGCAAUGCAUACGGCAUUGCGUCUGUUUUCACGCCUCCUGCCAUGAGAGGCCAGGGCCUGGCCACCCAUCUGUGCCAUGCAGUACCCUCCCUGCUCGCCCGGUCCGACCCCUCCGCCCUCGCUGCAGUGCUCUACUCAGACGUGGGCGAGCGCCUGUACGAGCGCGCUGGCUUCACCACCCCGCCGCACGUGCUGCCGCCAUCCCUGCACGCGUUUGGGUUGCAGGGGGUGGAAGACGAGGGGCGCGUGAGGCAGGGCAGCGCCCGUGUGGAGUGGUUGCGACGUGGGGACGAGGUGGCGGGUGCAGUGGACGGCUAUGCGGCCAUGCUAUCCCAGCACCCUCAUCCCUCCGCCUCCUUCCUCGUGCUGCCAUCAGCCGCCCAGGUGGACUGGAUGGUGGAGAGGGAGCACUUCUGCGCGCAGCUGCUGGGAAUCGAGCCCCUGCCGUGGUCGGGGGCACGAUGCAACGACGCCCUCAUGGUGUGGACAAUGGAUGUGGCGCGGCACAGCAAGUACAUUAAAGUGCUCCUCUUCCACGCCGGCAGCAACCCCGCGGACACAGCAGCAGUCAUUGCAGCAGCGGUGCACGCGGCCCUGCAGGCACACAUCUCAUGCACCCCCCCCUCGGCCUCCUUCUCCGCACCUUCCUCUCCCGGGGGAGUACUGGCAUGGGGACCUGAGGCAAUCACGGGGCAGUGGCCAAUCCAGGACUGCCACCUGGCAGAGGCUGGGGUAACGGUGCACAGGCAGCCUCGCAGCAGCAGCAUCCCCAUGCUCGCACCGCUCUCACCCUCUGUUGCUCCCCACAACUGGAGUUUUAUCCCUCACGCCAUCUGGGUGUGACGUGACCUGUGAAUGUCAAGCCAGUGGAAGGCAGACUGCCGGUAGCGGUGGCAAGCGAAGUCUGACUGGAGGGGUGGUAGGUAACUCAAGGCUGGUGGAACACGCCGUCAGUGCAUUCAUUCACAAUUGCAUGCAAUGUGCAUCGUAGAGAAGAUUUGGUCAUGAUGACUCGCAUUCCUGCCGCUAAACACUCUGCCUUGCAAUGCAAGGUAGUGGCACAGCAGGCAAAACCCAUGAUAAGAGU